AUGGUUGCAAAUCCAACCACGGUAGAUCAUCGCGCCAAGGUAGCUCAAUUGACUAGGAUGGUUCGGACUAGCCUGGGAAGGUUUGGGGUUCCGAAAUCGAAGACCAGCAGCCAGAGUUACACAGCACACAAGGAUUGUGAUACCCAAUAUGCUAACAGAGUUGCUGCAGGCGACCAUCUGGCUGCGGGAGUCUCCACUCCGACGGGUAUCACAGCCGCUGACCUCAACGAAGGGGGACGUGCGCGAUCAAGGGCGGGCAUGAGCUUUUUUGGUUUGGAAAAUCCGGGGCAAGAAGGUUGGACUCCAUCGGGGAAUGAAGGUUCGAGAGCGGACGGGGCUGAAGAAGAAGAAAAUGGAAGGGAAAAACAAGAGCCGAAGCUCCUCCCAGCAAAUGACUUCCGGGCGCCGGUUGCGGCCAAUGACCGAGUCGCCCUCGCGAGCGUCGCAUUGCAAAUUAAUUUCAAUGACGAUGAUCCAGCAACUCUGCAUCACUUGGACUCUGCACCAUCCCAGACACUUGAGUCAUCCGCGGCUGUUUAG